AUGGGCGCUCUCUUGGGUCACCUGACUCUGGCCCUGCUCAUCUAUUCCACUGGGCUCUGCUGUGCAGUGAUAGCGUCCCGGGCCCUCUCACGGGGGCAGAAGCUCCUCUUCCUCCCACUCCCUUCAAAGGACAAGCAAGGCCGGAGGUGGCAAUGAGUGCGUGCAGAGGCAGUGGUGAAGAUGGGAGCCAGCAUGAUACUGAUCUUGGGAGAGUUCUUCUUCCCACCUGGAACCAACCAUUUUCUCCCAAUAGACUGGGAGGACCGUCGGAGGCCUUUCCAGCAUCACAAUGCAUGGCAGCAUGCCACCAUCAUUGCGUUCUUCCAGCUCAGUGCCCUGGUGGAUCUCAGGAGCCCGGCAUGGCUGGCGCAGCAGAACAUGAAGCUGGAGUGGGCGGCCACAGCCUUGGCCCUUGUUGUGAUAGUGCUGGAAAUGGUGGCCCUCAUCGAGCACAGGAACACCCUGGAGUUCCAAGUGCACACCAUGCUGAUGCUGCCUGCCUUCCUGCUGGCCCUGGUGCUCACCAUCAAGGUCUGGGCCCCUGACCAGCCCCCAUUCUGGGUGCUCAGGGCCUGGCUGAUGCUGGUGUCUGGCUCCUGGCUGCUAGUGGAGACCUUGAUGCUGCAUGCCCCACUCUCCUUGCAGCCCUGGCAGGCAGACAGCCCUGUGGACCUCGCCUUUGUCACCACCUUCUUCUGCUGGCUCCUGGGCUCGGGGGUUGUCAUGCUGGCCACUGUCUAUGGCCUCUGCAGCCUCUGGCACCAUUGCUGCUCCUCCUGGAAAAGGGCCCCAGGUGCCGAGUACCAGCCGUGCCCUCUAGGCGAGGACAGUGCGGAGCUUGAGCAGUUCAGAGCAGAGGCCGUGCUGCAGGAUGAAGUCAUCUAA